GAUGCAAGCAGACGUCCAGAGUCUCUCAUGGGUCCCUGUACGGCCUCCCAGCCAGCUGCUCAGUCUCCAUCGCCACACUCUGCCAUGUGCCACAUUCAGGUCUCCUCACACACUGUGGGUGUGUUCAAUUUUUUGACACUAGGGUGCUGGCAGAUUACGGGCUCCCACACUGCUGCCAGGCCCCUAAUCUGCCAUAGGCCCCUAUAUACGGCCUCCUCAUGCUGCUGCCAGGAGCCCAGAGUCUCCAUGGGUCCCUGUACCGCCUCCAUUCGCUGCUGGAUCUCCAUCGCCACACUCUGCCAUGUGCCCACUUUCAGGUCUCCUCACACACACUGCUGGUUUCGAUUGUGUUCAAUUUUUUGAC